ACCACUAAUUGUGUGUGGCUACCCAUCUCUGACGUUUUGAGCAACAAGUUGAUUUUAUUUUCAUAAACAAUGUUUUAAAAGGCUAAAAGCGAAGAAUAAAGUUAUGUUUCGUGGCGUAUGUGUGUGCACCCAAUCGAUUGUGAGCUAGUGAGCAGCUAAAAAGCAGCGUAAUUAACCCGGAUCUAAAAAAAUUAGUGCAAUUGGUGCAGCCAAUCGAGCAGCUAAACACGCCAACAAAUCGAGAUCGAGAAUUGAGAAUUGAGAAUCGAGUUGACACCCAUAUUCCGCGGCCAUGCAAAUCGAAGUGGCGAUCGAGUUGAGGUGAUCUGUUUGAUGACCUGGAAUCAUGCUGCUCAGCGAGACGCACUUUUGGACGACGUUGCGGGAGGAGGUGCGGAUCAAGAGCCAGGAUCUGGGUGCCUUUCGCUACCUUCGCCAGCGGGACAAGGAACAGGAGCAGCAGGACCUCACGUUUCUGGCCAAAAGGGACUACACGGAGCGUCGCAAUGGAUUGGCCGUUCUCAAGAAUAGCAGUCGAAAGGCAGCCGGACGCUUGAAGGACAAUCUCAAGAAACUGGAGGAUCUGCUGCGCCAGCACAGGAUCAUCCACUCCGAGUGGCAGGAUGCGGCGCAGGUCCUGCUCCUGUUUGCCCACGGAUUGAUAGCCCACAUCUGCGUGGACAUCUACACAGGGGACAUCCUGCGAAUGGUCUUCGAGAAGUAUCUGGUGGGCAAACUCGCCUCGGAGAUCAUCACAGAUGCUUUUUUCACCCGUUCCCACAUCGUCUUGGCCUACAAUACCAACCAGCUGACGGUGGUGCAUCUGCAGCGGCCGAAUGCGCGAUCCCAGGGGCCGGAGAAGAUCGCCAAUAUGGAUCCGCGCAUCUUCCACGUGAUCAUACCGGGCGCCACGGAACGCAAGCUAUCCCGCCACCUCACAGUCAACGGCAGCUUCGAUCUGUUCGUGGUCUGGACGCAGUCCUCGCAGAACGAAGUGUACCCCUGGAGGCCAACGAUCAGGGAUCAGGAUCGAGCCAACAUACAUGUCUUCAAGAUUAAGGGUUUGCAGCUGGAAUCGAUUGCCUAUUGCUGGUCGGAAAACGACCCACUGUGCGUGGACUUUUUGCGGAGCAGUGAAAGCCAGAUCAUCACAUUGGAGCAGAAGGUGUCCCGCAAGGGCGACAUAAGUGCCGAGAUCUGCUCCUACGAACUGGCAGCUGGGAAAAUGCAACGCACUGCCAUUACCUCGAUACCGAUGGGGGCACAGAUCUGCUCGUUUGCCUUCAGUCCCGACCAGGAGAAGCUCUUCUUGGGCAGCAUAGAUCGGAAUAUCUGCCUGCAUGAUCUGGUGCAGCAGUCGACGAAGUACGCCAACCAAAUUGAGAUUGUGCCCAAUCAGUGUGCCUGGCACUGCGACUCCGCCAUGCUGUGUGUGGCCAACGAGCGUUCGGUGCUGCAGUGCUUCGAUCUGGCCCUGGCCACCAUUGGCCAUCAGCUGGUCAGCGAGAGUGUGACGCCCGGGAGUCUCCUGGACCUCUCCCACUACUUUGUGGCCCAGCCAACGCUGCUGAGUGUGGCCUUCAGCCGGAAGCCCGAUUUGGCCACCUUUAAGCACACCUAUGCGCAGACGGACUGCCUGCUUUUGCUGAUCUACGAGCAGGGACCACUGGCCUGCAUGCGCAUCUUUGGCGGCACGGGAAUGCGCGGCGAUAUACACAAUUCCGGCCUCACAGCCGAUGUAAUUGCGGAUAAGUAUCUGCGAUUGCAGCAGCCGGACAGGGCCGUGAAUGUCCUGGCCGCCUUGAACUGGGAAACGUACGGAGCCAUGUGUCUAAUCACGCUGCACAAGAUAGCCAACUAUGUGUUCUUUGGCGGCGAUCAGCGAAGACCUCGCAUCGAACUGAUGGCCAGAGCCUUGAAGACUUUUGCCCACACGCUUUCCGAGGAGACAAAGGAUGAGUUCAGCGAUCAGGUGUACGAUCUGAAACGUCGCUUUUGUUUCUUUCUGCUGCGCAAAAACCUUUUCGCCGAGGCCCUUGAAAUUGCCCAGGAUGUGGCCGACUAUGACAUUUUCAUGGACCUGUACAAUCUAACCAAGUGCAUCUCUAGCCUGGGCGAAUUUUCCCAGGUGGCCUUCAGUCAGGCAGCUGCCAUAAUUCAUGAGGAAGACCGUGCCAAUGGCAAUCUUAGCCUGACCUGCGACCUCCGCUCCGAGUCGGCCUGUUCGCUGUCCACCUGCUCGGAUUUAUUGCGAGGUCAGGGAGCAGGAUCAGGAUCAGGAUUAGCAACAGGAUUGAAGCCAGUGCAGCCGCAGCAGGUCCUGAAGAACUAUGUGCCACCGCUGCCCUCGUUCAAGUCGAAGGUUUUCAAUGCAGAGAUGAUCAAGAUCAACAUACCCAAACCGGAGUUGAGGCCGCCUUUGCCAAAAGUUUCGAUAGCACCACCAACUACUUCAUUGGCGAAUCUCUCCCUGAAAAGCAACCAUCUACAGCAAGCGCCUGUAAAAAGCUCAAACUCAAAUGGUAACGUGUGGUCCCAGGAUGUGCCCGAUCAGACGGUGGGUCUCCCCAUGCCCAGCAGUCCACUGCCUCGUCUCCAGCCCCCAAACAAUUCGGAUCAAGGCACCCACCAACUUGGUCAAUUCAACGCAAUGCCAACAUCGCCUUUACCAGCAGCAGCAGCAGCAGCAGCAGCAGCGGCACAAUAUCAGCCCAAGUUCUACCAGCAUCCGCUUGUCUCUGGCAACAUACCCGCCAUGCUGACCUCUGUGUCCAAUGAGGACUUCCAGAAGCGCCUGCUGCUGAAGAAGCCAACGGCAUCGAUAUUGUCCAAUCCGGCCAAUCCAGCUCCCACGAACGGAGAGGCAGCCACGCCGACUGCCAAGUCACAAACGGCAGAAAAGAACAAAGUCAAGUUCUCCGACACAAUUCAAGUAGCUGUGGUGCCGGAGAUUCCUCGCAAGGAGAAGCCUAUGCCGCCGAAGAGAAAUGGUUAUUCGAGGCCAGCAGCGCGGCAUUUGACCAAUCCUAAAAAGGAACUGGCUGACAGUUUGCCGCUUUGUCAUCCCAACGAUGAGUAUCUAAAGGAUUUCAAUCCCAUCACCACAAAUGUGAACAAACCACCAAUUCGACGUCGCGAAGAGGAACAAAAGCAGAGCAGCAGUAAGGGCGCCAACUCCUCCUCCAUCAAAGUGGUGCACUUCGGUGUGGUGUAACAAUUGAUAGAGCAAUCCCCAAGAUGAAACCAUUUCUUGCUUAAGAGCCGCGUCUUCCACUCGUUUGUAACCAUUGCCGUCCCACAGUUAGUGCAAAGCUUUAAAUAGGAAAGUUUUUAUUCAUAGGUUCUCUCUUUCUCUACUCUCUACACUUUACACACACAGGUUACUUAUUAAAAAUAUAUAAUGUUUGCCAA